AUGCAAGGCGUCGAGGCACAAUACAACAAACUUCUUCGGGAAGCGAACUUGGGAUGUAUCUCAGAUAUAGCACUGCAGUCACCUCUCGUAAGAGUUCCAUUUGGUAGGGGUAUCGAUCAAGGAAAUACUAUCUCUCCAAAGCUCUUUAUUACAUAUCCUGAAAUGGUCGUCAGAGACAGUGACAGUGUCAACAUCAACGGAAAGCUACUAACACAUCUCCAAUUUGCACUCGAUAUCGUGGCCAUCGAGGAAACCUCAGCUGAAGAUCAUGUUGAUAUUGUUGGACACUCAACGUUUACCAGCAGACCUCAACAUAAACCGAAUGAAACAAAAAGUCUGGAAGGGAAACCGGACCCAUAA